CAUCCACUUUGUAGAAGGUCAUCAUCACCGGCUCAACUUUCCGAGCCAAACUGGAUCUCCUUGCAUCGAUUGCCAUCAGCAGCCUACUUUCAGCAGGCAAAGAUGGCAUCAGCAAGCGCCACCGGCCACAAUGCUCUUCUGGUGAGCAUUGUACUUUUGGCGACAGUGUGUGCAUGCACUGCGGAGACUCCUUAUGCGGCAGGUCUGUCUGAGGACUUUUACCAGAAAACCUGCCCUCAAGCAGCUUCCAUCGUCGACGCCUACGUCACCAAGUUCCUCAGGAAGGACAGAAACUUUGCUGGUGCCUUCAACAGGUUGCAGUUCCAUGAUUGCUGGGUCGGGGGCUGCGAUGGCUCGGUUCUUUUGAAUUCGACCCAAACGAACCAAGCGGAGAGGGAAGCUCAUGUCAACUUCGGGCUCAGAGGCGUUGCAGAGGUUGAUCAAAUCAAGGCAGCCCUGGAACAUUCCUGCCCAGGAGUUGUGUCUUGCGCCGACAUUCUGAUCAUGGCUGCUCGUGAUGCCACAGCCAAGGUUGGAGGCCCCACUUGGCCAGUGGCUAUGGGUCGUCGAGACGGAGUGAACUCCACAUCCUUUAUGGCUGAUAGCAAUCUACCAUUCCCUGUGCUGAACUUCAGCGGGCUGGUUGCUAACUUUGCUGCCAAGGGCUUCAAUGCAAGAGAAAUGAUCACACUCUCAGGUGCACACACUAUUGGUCGGACUCACUGCAACGGAAUCCUCCCACAUCUCUACAACUUCACUGGAAAGGAUGAUGCCACCGACACGGACCCUGCCAUGAAUAAGAACUUCGCUGUUUUCCUCAAGAAGCAUUGUCCUCAGGGUAACAGGACGAACACAAUCUUCAUCGACUCCACAGCCAACACGUUCGACCGUGCCUACUACAAAAAUGUGCUGAAGGGAAAGGGAAUUUUCAUCACUGAUUCGGCGCUCAUUACCAAUCCUGCAGGCAAGAAAGUCGUCACCACGUUCUCGAAACCUGGCUCUGCCUUCUUCACAGAAUUCGCCGCUGGCAUGGUGAAGAUGGGAAAUCUGGGGGUGCUCACUGGCACGGAGGGCCAAAUUCGCAGGACGUGUCAGUUCGUAAAUUAAAUACCCAUUCUAGAGUUUCAACAAGCUUUAGAUAGGUCGGAGUAGCAACACUGAGGAGAACGUAUUGUCUCCCAACAUUCUUGUCAGACCCUUAGAAUAGCUACAUUCAUUAAUUAUUCGUGCUUUUAUUUUCGGUCUCUCAGAAUAAGCUGAAGUUGUAGACGCACGACUAUUUCGCCCUGCGCUGGUUUCUGAGCUUCCUCUUUAUGGACUUAGACCACCAAACGUAGGACCGGGAUGAACGUCAUUGUCUACAACUGGAAGAUGACGGACCAGAAUAACUUCCGGAUUUGGCCAGGGAUGGUCAAAUGUAAGUUUAUCCUGAGACUGAGACUUUGGAGAAGAACAAACAAUAAACAAAGAAGCGAUUUUGGACCGA